AAACAGAACUUAUUCAAGAGAGCUAUGGGGUUAGAUUUCGAGAUCGGAUCCAAGUCCCGAUUAGCCACCGCAUUCACGUGGUGUCUUCUCAUUGCAUCAGCCUGUGUUCCAACCACCACAUCAGCAGCCCGGUUCGAGGUAAGAAAUGAGAUCGCCAAAUACCCAGGACGAAACCGACAGCUCUCGAUUAGAUGUUCGUCAAUUAACAACGAUCUAGACUUCCAAAAGCUCAAACCGGGAGAAUCCAAAAGCUGGUCGUUCAAGGCAGUAUACAUCAAGAUACCGUUCAUCUACACGUACUUUCAGUGCACCUUCUACACCGCUUUUUGCUCGCCUGAUGGUCAGACCGAAACUGUUUUUGCUGGGGAGAGAAAAUUCAGGUGGCAAUGCGAUGAUCAGGAGGAAGAGUGCAUUUGGGUGGCGAAGAGAGAAGGGUUGUAUCUAAGGAGGAUCACAAGGGAUGAUAAAGGCCAAAGGCUUUAUGAAGACAAAUUGAGAGUGGCUUGGAUUGGUGGUACUAACUACUUCCCGAUUGGUGAUUAGGAUGCCUAAUCAUAACAUAAAUAGCAUCCAUCUUUUAUUAUCUUUUUCCUUCACGUAAACUUAGCAAAUUUGAGAUCAACACACAGUCAGCCGG